AUGGCAUUGUCAAUGAUCACUCAGCAAUCAAAUAAAAGCAAGAGCGUGAACUCAGUAAAACAAGCUGUUGGUCAAUUAAAUAUAUUUGAUGAAGCAAAUAGGGAUAUAAAGGACCAAAGAAUUCGUUUGAUUGCUGAAAUAAUUCUAAGCAAUUUGAAAACCAACGGGUGGGAUAAUAUUUUCUUCAUCGGAAAUCUACCAGACUCUUUGUACACCAACCUUAGACAUUUGCCUUUUACUUUUUCUGUAACUGGCAUUUCUGAAGAUGAUGAGCAAAUUGAAAAUGUGGUUCCAUACUAUUCCAAUGUAAUUAUUUUUAACUGUCAUAAUUUUGAAGAAUUCGAAGACGCUGUACGAAAAAUUAUAACUCUACCUUAUUGGCAUGCAUUAGGUAAUAUUAUUUUAUAUUAUCACGUUCCAUACGAAAAGGACGAAGUUGCAAAAAUAUUUUUUUCCUUUUGGUUUUAUAGAGCCAUUAAUGUUAUCAUUGUUCAAUAUAAUAAUACUCUGGAAGAGAUAUUAAUAUCGCAAUUUAGUCCUUACAUGAGCGAAGAUUACAAACUGGAUAAUUUGUUUGGUUGUUGGACGGCCCGCAAAAUUGGUAUGCCAAUAGAAAACUUUAAUGACAGUUUCGUUUGUGUUAGAGAAUGCCACAACGUGUCUUUACAUUCUAAAUUACGGGCAAACUUUCUAGGAACCUGCAUAGGCUUUAAUACUGAGACGGUACUUUUAAGCAAUUCGAGUAAUAUAAAAAAUAUGACAUUAUUUGAAGAUAAAGCUAAAGAUUUACACGGAUUCAUCUUUUUAGCAUAUAUCGUUGAAACUAUGCCAUUUUUAGAGAUAAAGAUUCAUGAAAAUGGAACAUACACGUUGCUUCAUAGAGAUGGAAUGAUCUGGAAUACUAUGGCAGAAUUGUUUAAUUUUAAAAUAGAUUUGUUCCCUUCGAAGGAGACAAUGAAAAAAGAUUUUGAUUUUGAAAUUAAUACCCAAAAUGUAUUUUCUUUUACAUUUAGAAAAGCGGACUUAAUUUUAUUUCCAUUGUAUCAAUUUGAUUUAGUUGUAGCGGAGAUUGAUUAUACGGUUCCUUUUGCCGACAGCGGUGUGUGUGUGCUGUCACAUAGGGCCGAUUAUGAAACUAUAAUUUUUAAUGAAAAAUUGAUACUUCGAAACAUAUUGGUAGUAAACGAGUUUUUUGCAUGCUUUUUAUGCACUUGCUCGCAAGCAUCUAUCAUUUCUUUGUUUUCUGUACAUAAGCGAGGAAAAGAAGUUGAUACUUUUGAAGAUAUAAUAAAAAAGGAUUAUGUAAUAGAAGGAAUGGCUUCACCAGAUGUAGUUCUUCCAGAUGAUGAAGAAAAAUUUCGAAUAUUUACUUCUAGAAUACGGGUGGUUCACAAUUUUUUGGAGUGUGUGAAUAACAUGGCUAAUGAUAGUCGGCGCUUUUGCUUAAUAGAUUGUGCAGUCGGUCGCUAUCUAACAAGGAAUUUAUUAAAUCGUAAAGGCGAACAAUUUCUUCACGUUGCAACUGAUGCUAGAGUUCAUAGUCACUAUUUAAUGAUGAUACUCCAUAAACACAGUCCAUUGACGGAGCGUUACAAUCGUUAUAUGAUGGCAUUGUUUGAAGCAGGUAUUAUAAGGAAAUGGAUGGAUUACAGGGUAUGUAAGUAUAACAUCUCUGGUCCACGACAUCUAAUAAUGAUGGCGGCGGCCGGCCGCGGCGCGCCGGCGCGCGAUACGCUCGGCGCGUGCCGUUGUGAUGUUAGU